AUGUUCCUGCUGGGCGGUGUGAGUGCUGGUCUGAAUUCUUGGGGCCGGGCAUUCCAGACCGAGAACCAAUUGCAGGCCUCCAUCCCCUCGGUGCCCUCCGCGGUGCCGGAGUCCGCGCAGCGGAUGUGGAACACCUUCCGUGUGAGCGCUGCAAAGUGGACGGCGCCCAUGGUCAGCUCCAGGGCCGAAGCCUAUGGCUCCUCUGGUGGCGUUUGCGGGCUCAUGGGCCUGAGCUUGGGCCUGUCGCUCCACCGCUUCUACCGGCUGCUCCUUGGCGAGAGCGCGUCGAGCGGAUCGUGGUCCAGGCAGCAUGGGUGGCGCUUGUCCAGACCGUCCCGGCCUUUUGAGCU